AUGCCCGAAGUUUUACUUCAUUCAAAAUAUCUCUCUGGCGUACCGGCGGGACGUAAAAAUGGUGCAAGAAUCGCUCAAAAAACUGAAAAAUCCGACGAAAAGGAGGAGAAACAGUUUGAUUUCUCUAGAAAAAUCAGAGAACUUCGGCUGGAACUCGAAAUAAAAAAAAGAGAAGAGGAACGAAUUGAGAAAGACAUUGCGAUUAUUCUGGAGGAGAACACUAUCGAUGGCGGAGAACAAAAUCGCUCAUUCGGUCUCGCCGUGACACGUCUCAAUAAUCAUAUGCUUGUUGUCGAGAACUCCGCGAAACAAUUGACAAGUGCCCUCAAGAAUAUCUCCAGUUUAGCUGAUACUAUUAGUGGAAGAGUAUCCGCGUUGGACGUCGCCAAGACACGUGUGGUCGGAUGUCUUCAGUUGGCUGGAGAUAUGAAAGAUUUGGGUCACUGCGCGGAAGGUAUCGACGACGCCAUUCGUUCCGAGGAUUUCGAAAUCGCCUCUCAACACAUCCAUCGUUUCCUCACUCUCGAUGAAGCUGUAUUCCAAAUCAGAGAAUUCAAACAAAAGGAUGCCACUGACUCAAUUCGUCACAGUUAUGAAAUACUCUCAUCUGCCAAGGACCGUCUUUCGAAAAUUUUGAAAUCUCGACUGACGGAAGCUGUACAGAAGGGAGAUAUCGCUGAAAUGCAAAGAUUCGUGAAGCUGUUUCCGUUGAUACAUGAAUCUGAUGAGGGGUUACAGAGAUAUUCUGUGUUUUUGAAUCAGAAGAUCGAUAAAUUGGCAGAUGAAAAUUUGGCGAUAAUGAAAGCCGGUGGAACUGAUGACAAUCGUCGAAACGUUCUGUAUGCUGAUACUCUAUUCAUGUUUUUCGAAGGUGUCGCCGAAAUUAUUGAAACAAAUUUACCGGUCCUCGAACACUCGUAUGGAAUGGAGAAGUUGUUGGAUUUUAUAAUCGACGAAUUCUUCCGACGACUUCUCGAGGAAUUCGAUACUCGUCGCCGUCUUUCUCAUCUGAAUCGUCUCGUCGAUGACGUCAUUCAUAAACAGAAAUCCGCAGCUUCAGAGCAUUCAGAAGACGUACCAGAUGCACUCGAAAUCGAUGCGAUCGCUUCGGAAAUUUGUAUGAUGAACUCGUCAGUGGAGAUGUAUUGGAGAUUUAUAUCGAGAAGAAUCGGGAAGAAUAAUAAGGAUACUUUGGGAGAAAAAAGUGGAAAUGAUGAGGAAGAGGAGACUGAAGAAGCACGUUUAGAGAGGCAAAGAUUGAGAAAAGAGGCGAAAGAUCAGAAAAUGGAUCAGUUAUUGAAUAGAAGUAGAGUUGGAACGAAGAUGCAAGAACUCAUUGGAAAUUACUGUCGAUUAGAACAUUUCUACAUGCUGAAAUCUGUUCAAAAAGCUAUCAAAUCUGAUGCCAAGGAAGAUGUUGGCGGAUUGACGAGUUCUCUCAUCGACGACGUCGUCUUCAUCAUCCGCAAAUCAAUUCGUCGUGCAGCUGGUUCUGGAAAUGUGGAUAGUGUAUGUGCUACAAUAAACAACGCGACAGCUCUUCUGGAUACUGUAAUUCAUUCAUCACUUCAUCAUAAUAUACAAUCUGGAUAUGUGACAUCUGCCAACUUUGCAUCUGAAGCAUUCACCGCGUAUCAACAAGGAAAACAAGUGAAAGAGGCCGCUGAAUCACAAAAAGAACAAUUCUUGUUAGCAGUGAAUAACUCGGCGAAACUGUCAGAGUUAUUGAUUGAAUUACAAAAAGGAUUGAUAUCCGAAUGGUCUGGAAUCAAGAGACCGCCCGUUGAGAAGAAUAAAUUGGAGCAUUCAACGACGCAAAUCGAGGAAUCAGCGAAGAAAUUGAGUGCAUUGGCAAAGCAUGGAGUGGAGGAGCUGUUUAAGAGUGCAUUCAAGACGAAGAUUCGACAGGGAGCCGACCCAUACCAAAACAUCGACCGUCAGAUGACAAUGCAAGACGUUGAAUAUUUUGAAGCACACGAUCCAUUUAUGGAGAACUAUCUCGCUCAAAUCGAUCGAUUAUUGGUUGAAAAUGAGCCACACCUCUUCCCGGAUAAUUAUCAAACGAUUCUUCUAUUCACGGCUGCCGAAAUCGCUCGUCAAAUCGAAGGAUCCAUUGCCAAGUGUCAAUUCAAUCGAUAUGGCGCAUUACAAUUAGAUAGAGAAUAUCGACAGAUUUGUGCUUAUUUGACGAAUGUUGCCGGAUGGUCGGCGAGAGAAAAAGUCGCCAGAUUGGGACAGAUUGUCGCGCUCCUCAAUGUAGAAACAAUUGAAGAAGCAAUGGAAGUAUGGCAUAAUUCAAAAGCAAUGACAACAUCAUCCACAACUCGUACUCUUUCUCUUCCAGAAGUCCGGAAAGUUCUGUCUCUUCGAGCUGAUUUCCCUACUGUAGCUAUUAAAUCAAUUGAGUAA